CAUAUCUGGAGAGCAUUAGUUUCUCAGCUACAAAGCAAACAAGAUUUUGGAGUAAUGCAAGAAUUGCUGUGGUCAAAAUGAACAUCACUGGCAUGGAACACUUUCAGGCAGAGGUUAGCAAUGGUAACUCCACACCUGGCAUAAAUGCAACAUUGGAAUGGAGGUAUGGAGCAAUGGGAAAGCUAACAGAUCUGGCCAUAAGUAUCACUUCUAUCAUCAUUUUGUUCAUCACAAUGAUAUCUCUGGGCUGCACAAUGGAAAUAUCAAGGAUCAAGGAAUAUAUCUUAAAGCCAAAAGCGGUCCUGAUUGCAUUGUUUUCUCAAUAUGGAAUUAUGCCUUUAACAGCCUUUAGCCUUUCAAAGAUUUUCAGACUGUCUUCCAUCGAAGCUCUCUCUGUCCUGAUCUGUGGAUGCUGUCCUGGUGGAACACUUUCCAAUAUCUUCUCACUAGCAGUGGAUGGAGAUAUGAAUCUCAGUAUUGUGAUGACCACAUGCUCUACAACGUUGGCACUUGGCAUGAUGCCCCUCCUUCUUUAUCUCUAUUGCAAGGGCCUGUCAUUGGUUAAUAAAGUGCCAUACAGAAAAAUUAUUUUAACCCUCGUCUCAACACUCAUUCCUUGCAGUAUUGGCAUCUUUCUCAAUCACAGGUAUCCAAAGUAUUCAAAGGUCAUAACCAAGACUGGCCUGUUCAUUUUUCUCAUUGCUGCAAUAAUAAUUGUCAUCUUGUCAGUAACAUUGAUUGGGGCUACUUUGUGGACUAUUUUCAUCCCUCGCCUCAUUGUCACCACAGCACUGAUGCCUGCUGUUGGAUACACUUUAGGAUAUGCCCUUUCAAGUUUAUGCAGAUUAUCUAAAAGGUGCACACGGACAGUUUCUAUGGAAACUGGAUUCCAAAACAUUCAGCUCUGUUCCACCAUCCUGAAAGUUACUUUCUCUCAAGAGGAGAUUGGUGCUCUUUAUUUAUUUCCAAUAAUCUUCUUGGUAUUUCAGCUUACAGAAGCACUAGUUCUUGUAAUGAUCUACCGAAGUUAUGAAAGAAUAAAGAAACAUAAACAAAAUGAUACCAAAAUGAUCUGUCUGACUCUGGAGAACACAACGGAUCAUCUUACGCUUCCUGAACCUGACAGACCUCGUGACUCAGCAGUGAUCUUAAAACAUAACAUGGAGCAUUGAGAGAAUUCACAUCAACUGUUUUACAUAGUGUAUUUUUAUUCACAUACACUCAGUGGCCACUUUAUUAUUAUUUAUUUAUCGAGGUACAGCAUGGAAUAGGCCCUUCCAGCACUUCAAGUCAUGCCACCCAGUAACCCCCAAUCUAACCCUAGUCUAAUCACGGGACAAUUUACAACGACCAAUUAACCUACCAACUGGUACAUCUUUGGGCUGUGGGAAGAAACCUUACAGCCCAUUAGAAACCCAUGCAGUCACGGGGAGAAUGUACAAACUCCUUACAGACAGCAGUGAGAAUUGAACCCGGAUGCUGGUAUUGUAAAAUGUUGUGCUUGCCAGUACUCUACCACGUUCCUGUUCCUAAUAAAGUGCCACUGAGUUUAUGUUUGUGGUCUUCUGCUGCUAUAGUCCAUCCAUUUCAAAGUUUGGUGUGUUGUGCAUUCAGAGAUGCCCUUCUGCACACCAUUGUUGCGGUGGUUGUCCAUCAUGUCUGACGAUGACAGGAAACCUGUGAGGAAGAGUUUUUAAAGUGGAAAAGCAUUGCACUGGGGCAGUUCCACUCUCUCAACCUCACAAGUCCAGGUCAAGUGGUACGAACAAGCAGCACAAGCUAGGGUCUUCCUUGGUCGCAGUGGAUGACCAUGACCUUCAUGCCCCUGUCAUGCUCUUCGCUCUCCUCUCUCCUCGAGCGUUGCAGUGCUGCCUUCCUGGCCAUUGGACCUCACUGUUGAUCUCGUCCACCCAGUCAUCCGGAGCUGACUUCACAGGCUCGGACAGGCAUGUCCCUAUCCAACCUGUCAAAUUGGUGUACCAGGGUGUGGUCCAUGUCACAUGCAAGCAGCUACUUGGAGCCACAGCUGAGAGCUAAGUGUCCAGUGGGGACCAAAAGUGAGGGAGCUACCCCAGAAUGAACAUGACAAGUCCCUUCACCAGAGGUACUAACCCCUCCCUGGAUACUCCUUACACCUUACUGUUGUAACAUUUGGUUAUUUGAGUUACUGUCACUUUCCUAUCAGCUUGAACCAGUCUGGCCACUAUCCUCUGGCUUCUCUUUAACAAGCCGUUUUCACCCAUAGAAGUGCUGGUCACUGGAUGUUUUUUGUCUAUCAUACCAUUCUCUAUUAACUUUAGAGACUGCUGUGCAUGAAAAUCUGAGGAUAUCUGCAGUUUCCAAAAUGCUCAAACACACCGCCAGGCACCAACAAUCAUUCCAUGGUCAAAGUCACUAAGAUCAUAUUUCAUCCCCAUUCUGAUGUCUGGCCUGCACAACAACUGAAUCUCUUGACCAUGUCUGCAUGCUCUUUAUGCUUUGAGUUGCUCCCACAUGAUUAGCUGAUUAUAUAUUUGCAUUCAUGGUCUAGUGUACAGAUAUACCUAACAAAGUACCCACUGAGUGUACGUUCCACCAGAUUAAAUCUAUUACAGAAAACACAGAUAGUUUUAUAAAUGAAACCUACUUAACUACCUUCCUUGAAACAGUAAAGUCAACAUUUUAUAUUUUGCAUUAUAAAAUCUCUGUAUAUUUUCCACCAGGUUUGUGAAGGUUCAAGUGUUGAGUAAGUAAACCCUCCCCAAGGUCAGAUAGGAUUCAAUUUCAGUUAACUGUUCAUAACCUGCACACUUUACAAAUUGAAAAUACAGCUGCAAAUGAGUUCCCACACACCAGAGCACUCCUGCAUUUGGCAAACCCAUCUCAUCGGUCUUUUAAGCUCUUGAUUGUAAUGCAUAGGAGCAUAUGAAAUCAGGCACUUGUGGAGGACCUGCAUUUAAGGCAGAGAUCAAUGGAUUUUGGAUAUGACGGGAAUCAAGGAAUAUGGUGUUAGUGAAAGAAAGUGAUGCUGACAAAACCAAAUCAAUUGUGAUCUUAUUGAAAAGGAAUACCGUAUAGGCAUGAGAGGUUGAAAAGCCUACUUCUGUUCUAUUUCUAAUGUUAUGUACGAAAGUUUCAGUGGUUACUUUCUUUUCUCAGGAAAUUGUAUGUUGAAGUCCCUCUUCAGUGAAGAACACUAAUGCAGAAUGUUAUGGAAGGAAAACUGCUUUGGGACGUAGGACAGAAGACCUUUGUGCUCUCUCAGAAGGACGUAAAAGACCCUGAACUAUCAUCAUUAGAAAGUGAAUGAUCUGGUCACUUAACACUUUCAUCUCUGUAGGUUCUUCCUGGGCUCAAAGCUGGCUGCUGUGAAGACACUUUGGGGACAACAUUUUAAGCAAGGUGAAAUGCUUAAGGACAAAAGAAAUGAUCGCCUGAAGCUCAGUCCCAUUGUUAAUGCUAGACAUGCAGUAUGGAGAUUUGAGCUCUGCCUCAGAAUUUCAUUCCAACAACUUCAGUGGAACUCAUUUCAGAAACUGAGCACAAAAUGCAGUUGUCGAAGCACUGCACGUCCAGCAGCACUGAGAGGGGAUGGUUUCUGUUGAUUUUAGUUUUUUAUUUAUAAAAACAUAACUUUGUAACAUUUUAACAGUUUUUUAAAUCUUUGUGAUUUUCAAAGGCAUUUAAUAGCCUUAUUAACUUUGACAUUGACAAAGCUGUGGGUGUGGUUUCCCACAAGCCAAAACAUUUCAGUGGUGUUUUGUGGGCAAGGCUCAUUCUUGUUUACCCAUGUUCCCCAGUUACAUUACAGCAUGCACAGCGUAAUCCUGUUAGGAAAAAUAGAACUUCCAAUUAUUAUAGAACAGCUCUAGACUCAUGAUACUCCAAAACAAAUUAGAAAUUCUGAAGCUUAGACAUUGCUCAUUGCCAACAUCCAAAACAUUGCUGGAAUUAAUAUUGAACAACUUCCCUGCCAUGUUUCAAAAUGUGCCAUGUGCCUGGCUAUCUGAGAGGACAGGAAUACAGUUUAAUAUGUUUUCUGAAAAAAGGCAUCACAGGCAGUAAAAUAUCUCAUGUACUGAGAAGUCAUCUGCACUUGUGUAAUCAAGUCUCUAGUAUGGGUGUUGAAUCCUGAACCUUCUGCUUCCAGAGUAAAUCAGAUACUUAGGGUCUUCACACCCAAACUUGCUGUACGAAGGUGUAGUGCCUCAGCAAUUUGAAGCUUAUCCCAGUCUACAUGAGGGACUCAAGUUUUCAAAUGGUUAAACUUCCAACCCACUCAAUAAUGCUAACAGAAAGGAGUAAAAACAUACAGAUUAUUAUCAAUUUUAACAAUGAAAGAAAACAUUGUUGUGGUGAGUAACAUGGUAAAAUAAUUAUUGGGAAAAUUUGUGUGCAGUUCUGAACUAACAUCUAGAAAGCUAAUUCUAAAUUGUUUGAAGGCAGUGAUUUUACUGUGCCUGUUGAAACUAAUUAUAUUGGUGAAAAGAAUAUCUUUCUUUCUUUAUAUCUAGUACUACCAGGUCUUUCAGAAGUACACCAAUAAACUACA